CCUCUUUCGUCUUUGACUAAACUGUGACAGUCAGGGAUAGUCAUCGUCUCGUGCCAUGAGUUUGUGUUGACCCAUAUCACUCUCCCAACCCCCAUCGCCAUGAUUCCGCUGCUGCCGCACCGUGGCCUUCUGCGCCCCUUAUUGUCCACCUGCCUCGCCAUUUUCCUCCUUCUCGCGUCAGGAACAGCCUACCAAACCGUCUCGGACGAGACCCUGCGAUUCCUCCCGCGACCCGGGAAGGAUUUCGAUAUCCACGAUGGUGCACUGCUCGCCCCGAUCCUGGUGCCCCGUGUCUCCGGGACCGCGGGCAACACCGCCGUCCUGAAUCACCUUGCGGAGUUCUUUCGCACCUCACUCCCAGAGUGGACGCUGCAAUUACAGAACUCAACAUCGAAGACCCCAGUCUCCAAAGGGAAGGAGGUUCCCUUCGUCAACCUCAUCGCCUCCCGCGAUCCGCCCGGCGCCAGCCCCGGCGACGUCGGACGCCUCACCCUGGUUGCACAUUACGACAGCAAGUACGAACCGGAAGGCUUCAUCGGGGCGAUCGACAGUGCCGCGCCGUGCGCGAUCAUGCUGCAUGCCAUGCGGAGCAUCGACAGCGCCCUGACGAAGAAGUGGGAGGACAUGCGCGCCCAGGGGCAGCUGAAUCUGCUGGAGGAACAACAGGGCAUCCAGGUGAUCUUCAUGGACGGGGAGGAGGCAUUCAAGGAGUGGACGGCCACCGACUCGCUGUACGGUGCACGCUCCCUGGCGGAGCAGUGGGACUCCGAGGUUCACUCGGCGAUGUCCGUGUACCGGUCGCCGCUCGACUCGAUCUCCCUGUUCGUGCUGCUGGAUCUGCUGGGCGCCAAGGACCCCACCAUCCAGUCAUUCUUCCCGACCACGCACUGGGCGUACAAAAAGCUGGCCACGCUGGAGCGGCGGCUGCGGGAGCUGAAGCGGUUCCGAUCCUCGGAUCCCGGACGGUCCUGGUUCCCUCAUCAGUCGAGAAGCGAAAACGAGAUUCCGAUGUACAUGCACAUUGAAGACGACCACAUUCCUUUCCUGAGACGAGGCGUGGAGGUCCUGCAUAUCAUUGAUGCCGGCGAUCGGGGCUUUCCCACGGUCUGGCACACGAUCAAGGAUGACGGCGAACAUCUAGAUAUAGACACCGUGGAGGACUGGAGCGUACUGUUCACUGCGUUCGCGGCCGAGUGGAUGGAGCUGGAAGGCUUUAUGUCUGGAUCCGGGGACGGCGCUGGCCCCGGCCACAAGCGCUCUACUAACAGCUGGGCUAAGACGGAAUUGUAAGCCUUGUCUAAACCUCAAUACUGCAUCAGUGCCUG